GGUUCACUUUUUUUUGUUUGUUUACAUGCCCUUAAAAGGAAAGUUAUAUACCCCCUGCCAAAUUCUAUUGGCAUUAAAAAUAGAACAUGGCAAAACUACUGUAGUGCAGCUCUGGGACUUUUCAGUCCAUUUCUUUUAGGUCAUUGUUAAGACCUACAAAGGUCAGCAGUAGGACAUUUAUGUAUCCAUAUGCAGUCACCCAUACAGGGUAUGUCAAUAGCGAGAAAGUUGCCAUAGUACCAAUGGCAUUUGUUAUUGCAUUGUUUUCAUACCAUCCCGGGUCCUCUGGUCAAUCAUUCCCUCCGUCUUUAUUUCUCCCUGCUAAAAUAUUUAGGAUCCCAACAGGACAUGUAAUAUGAGCCAGAACAGGUGAGUAGGCAAAAUAGAGGUGGAAAACAUGAAACCACUUUUAGCAGAGAGAACGCUUUAGAAGAGAUUCUGUUACCACUUCACACCUAUGCUUUGCACUGUGACCUUUACUAAGUCAAACCCUCCCCCUUCCUCCUGAAGUACAUUCUACCUUCAGUUGCUAUCCAGAGAGGACAAGCAGAACUUUCAGGUUUCUAUAGUGAGUGAUACCGGGCACCUUGCAUACCUCACUUGACCUUCACACAAGUAAGUCCCUCUUUUCUGAAGUACUAUUGAUUGGUGCAGGAUAUGCUCGGAAUGUUCCAUCUUAGCCUGUCGUGCAGUUUGUGCUUGUUUGCUAGCUACAGGUCCUUCCUGAGAUUCCAAGCCUGAGCCAGUACAGUGGUUGUCUAUGAUGAUAAUGGCGGAGAGGAAGAUCAGAGUGAUGCUGCCCCAGUACGAGCACCCCCCACCGUGGAUACCACCUGAGGAGCAAGCCAGCCACCCUGACUACAGCAGUGACCUGACCCCGGCCCUGCCUCGAGCUCUCAAGAUCAGGAGAGACCCAGACACUCAUCAGCUGGGGUUUGUUGCCAGAGGAGGGAAAGACUUUGGAACAGGCAUCUUCAUCUCACAGGUGGAUCCUGGGACGGAUGCAGAGAGUCAAGGACUGAAGGAAGGAGAUCAGAUCUUAUCUGCAAAUGGGUUUAACUUUGAGGAGAUGGACCACAAAGCAGCAGUGGGAGUGAUGGCAUCUGCACAACAGCUGCAGCUGAACGUGAAGUACUUCCCUUACGCUUAUAAUCAGAUGAUCAGACGGACUGAGGCCUACGGCACAGAGGUGGUAGACAACAGGCAAGAACACACAGAACCACAGCCAACGCAAACACCGCCAGAACAGAUAGCAACAAAAAAGAAGUCCAGCCGUAAAAAGCCCCAACUCUAACAUUUGACAUCUGUAUGUAAUCAUAAAAUUGAUGUAAUUUACCUGUCUUUGCUGUGUACUAAAAAGGAAGGCACAUUGAAAUACAUUGAGCCAUGAACACUGGUAACACCAAGACAUGUGACCCAAACCAUAGUGCCUAUUAUGUUCCACUUACUAUGUUGUUUGAUGGUUGAUGUUCUGCUUCUUGUGGGGGUUAGAAGUACUUGUACUUCUGAUGUGAAUGUUUGAUGUGGAACUUCCUUGUGUCAACACACAGGGGAGUCUGACAGGGCUGAUGUCCUCCCUGCAUUUUUAAAAUGAAAAUUAUUUUGUUUGAUAGAUUUCUGCUGUUGUGUCUGAUGUCUUAUUAUGUUGCCUUCUUAUGAUUUUGUUGCUAGAUUAUAAAUGUUUAAAUAAACAGUAAAUUCAUGACUUCAAGUGCUAAAGUAGUUGGAUAUUAAGGUCAUGACUUAUGGAUUCAUGUAUUGGUUUGUUACCAACAAGAACACCAGAUGGUAGCUAGAAUCUCUCCUUCUCCAUCACUGCCGCAAAAAAAGAAUGCAUGGAUGAUUUAUCCCAGCUUUCCUGCAACAUUUGUAGAAAUUUCAACUUUUCAAAAAUUGUCUGUGAAACUCAGAAUUUGUGUUUGAAUGGGACAAUUUGAUCUUUAGUUUCAAUCAGAAGAGAAGGAAAAAGGGAUCUGUGAUCUGCAUGACUGUAAUCAAUUUU